AUGGCAGAGGGAGAUUCAAGAGACGCAUUAGCUACAACGGCACAAGGACGUAGAGCAAAGGCGCGGGCAGCCCUAAAAAUUGCAUUAAAUCGGAUACGUCACUUUCGGUUUCCUUCCUCGCCUCCUCUGCCUCCCCAGCCGUAUCAAGAGGAAGUUCCAGCAGCGCAGGAAGGUCUCAAUGACAUUGAAAUUCGCCCAACGCUCAUCGGCCGCGGUUAUGGCUUGUUCGCAACUCGAGAACUACCAAGAGGCUACAAGAUCAUUCAUGAAGAGGAACCAGUACUUUCCGGACAUCCUCUUUCGUUGCAACCAAAGUGGAACACUUUGUCUCAUCGCAAGCGCGACCAACUGAAACAGAUGUUUAGAACCCUGCGAGCAAUACCGACUGAAAGGGUGUUGUCGAGCAUGAGUAUCGAUAGGGAUCUUGUUAGAAUCCUCGAGAAUUUCAGGAAGGAAUACGGCUUCAAGGAUCCAGAAGGCAGAAGGUGUUGUUUUUACAGAACAGCCUGUUAUAUCAACCAUGCUUGUGGCAAAUGCGCCCAAGCAUCUUGGUGUGUUGAUAACCAGCAGCCCAAUUGCAUCAGCGUAACUCUGAAUAGACCCGUCAAGGCAGGCGAGGAGAUAUUCAUCCAUUAUGGCAAGAAAAAUCUGUCCUAUGGUUGUGCAGUUUGUACCAAGGAGAACGGACCGAAAAAGACAUCAUUCCUCGAAAGAUCGAAGAACAAGCUUAGCAGAUGGCUACGCAGAAACCGCGAGGAGUGA